AUGUACACCACCACGCAUGGGACAUUUUUACAAUCCGAAGCAUUUGCGGUGAUCGGUAUCCUACAUCAUAGAAGAAUGAGAGUGGACUGGCUGCUGUCACUAGCGCGAUGGGAUGUCGCCAAUCGCCGCCAGCGUUGUCGCACCUUUCCCGUCCGUCAGUACCCGAGGACACCGCUGAUGAGGCCAAAAUCUCCCAACUAUGGGUCCAACAAAUACGCGUUGGCGAUGUGUAUCGCCAUGUUUGUGACCGCUACUGGUGAAAUAUUGAUCGACCUCGUCAACGACCUGCUUGUGCCCCGCCUCGUCUCCGAUUCGUAUUCUGUCUCCGGCACCUUGUUUGCAUGCGAGGGCACUGCGGACGCAGAGAGGACAAGACAAAGUAAUAUCUACCAGCGUGUCGAUAAUGUGUCCUUCAUUUUCUUCAUUACCAAACUAUGGUUGGGCGAUAGUAUUCUUGUAUACCGAUGCUACAUGAUUUGGGCCAAACAACGAUGGGUCGCGAUGGUCCCGGCAUUUCUUCUCUUCGUUACUAUUGUGUUCGGUUACGCUCAAGUCGGAAUGUCAUAUCAGUACUACUACGCACAACUCCGCUCACAGGCUACGCCUUCACCGGCUAGUACCGCCGAUGUCAUCAGCCUCGGUUUAUGGCUCUACCGCCUGAACACAGUCUCCACAGCUACUUCUGUCGCGCUCAAUAUUAUUGUGACGUGUCUCAUUGUAUACCGUAUAUGGCGGGAUACUUUCAAAUUUGCUAAUAGCUUUGGUCUUCGAACGAGCAAGAAGUACAGCACUGUGAUAUCAAUGGUGGUUGAGUCAGGAGCAAUCUACACUGCGGCCUUGCUCGCCGAAUUGAUCUCCAAUAACUUCAAGGGCGACCCUGCUUAUGUGGCAAAUGAUAUUUCCGACGCGUUCACCGCAAUGCUUGUGGUGAUCGCUCCGUCUCUGAUCAUCAUUCGCGUUGGCCUUAACCAAGGAUACGUGGAAUCGUCUGGCCAUUCAACGACGUUAGCAACAGAUCCCAGUGGCGGUUCUCGUCCCGCGCACUCGCUCGUAUUUGCGCCUAGGAAUUUGGGAAAAUCAACGGGAAACGAGACCAGUCCAAGUGCGACAGAUUCAUUAGCUAUGCUCGAUUUUAAUGUUCAAGCGUCCCCGGCUAUGGAGGAACAUUCAUGAAGUUAUUUUGGAGGCCUGGUUAGAAGGGAACAUUCAUGAAGUUAUUUUGGAGGCCUGGUUAGAAGGGAAUGUAUCUCUAUUUUUCUUCGUAUUGUAGGCUGCUGCUUACUUUAUAUCUCAUUCCGCUCACCUUCACUUAGUAUGUGGCGUAGAUAUGUAUCAACUUUGUAUGUAUUGUAAAAGCUGAAACUACUUCCACAU